ACUUACCGACAUUACAGUCGAUAAAGAAGAAAACUCAGCUGGUUAUCAUCGUUGAGUAAAAUUGUCGUAUUACCGACAGAGUAAUAUGAUCUCAAUGAUCGUUGAUCCCGUCGAGUAGUUCACGCAUGUGACGUUAGAAGGCGUUACAAAUCAAACAUGGCGGUCCAUUGAUUGUAAGAAAUUCAGUGAAAACACACGUGUGUUUGUUUGAUAUUACUUUUUUCUUGUUUAUAAUAUAAAAGUUAAUUAUAAAAAUGUUGCGAAGACAAGCACGACUGCGAAGGGAAUAUCUUUAUAGAAAAUCCAUUCAAGAUAAAUUAAAAACUAUUCAAGAAAAGAAAGAUAAGAUAAAACGUAGUUUGGAUGAAAAUAUUCCAAUACAUCCGAAUUUAAGGAAAAGUGCAUUAACGUUACAACAAAAAUUAGAAUGGGAAGAUUUGGGACCACAAUUAGCAGCAACUUUGGGUACAGAAGGAGGAGGAACUGGACUUUCCAAUGAGGAUGAUGAAUAUCGUUGGGCAGGUGUUGAAAAUCCUAAAAUUGUGAUCACCACUUCUCGAGAUCCUAGUUCAAGACUGAAAAUGUUUGUAAAAGAAUUACGUUUGAUAUUUCCUAAUUCUCAAAGAAUGAAUCGUGGUAAUUACGAAAUGAAACAAUUAAUACAUGCGUGUUGUUCAAACGAUGUAACAGAUUUUAUUAUCGUCCAUGAACACAGAGGUAUUCCUGAUACUCUUGUAAUAUGUCAUUUACCUUAUGGACCAACAGCAUCCUUUACAAUAUCAGAUGUAAUAAUGCGACACGACAUACCAGAUAUAGGAACCAUGUCUGAGGAAUAUCCACACUUGAUUUUCCAUAAUUUUAAAACUAAAUUAGGUAACAGAGUUGUAAACAUUCUCAAAUAUUUAUUCCCAGUUCCAAAAGAAGAUAGCAAAAGAAUCAUUACAUUUGCUAAUCAUGAUGAUUACAUAUGUUUCCGUCAUCAUACUUACAAAAGAGUUGGUGUAAAAGAUAUUGAAUUGAAAGAAGUUGGACCAAGGUUUCAAUUAAAAUUAUAUCAAAUCAAAUUAGGAACGUUAGACACUGGAUCUGCUGCUGAUACGGAAUGGGCAUUGAGACCUUAUAUGAAUACAUCGCACAAAAGAAGAUUUUUAUCUGAUGAUGAUGGUUGGCAACAAGAAGAUGAAUUUUAAUUGUUACAUAUUUAUAUUAAAUAAAAUAAAAAUUAGGCUAAACAGAUUAUACUAUAUUUACAGUAUUUAAUGACUGUACAUAUGAUU